GAUGGUUUGAAAUGGUUUGAAAUAGAUAUCCUAACCUCAUUCUUAGUUGUCACGUGGAAUAACUCUGAGUCCACCCAAAUUAAAAGAAAGAAAUUAACGCCAACAAAGACUUAAAAAAUGUGCUAAAUUGUUUUAAUGCAUAAUUUUACUGAAUUUUGAUAAGAUGAGUAUCUUUGAAACGUUCCUUGAAAAUGCUGCAGACGCAAAAGUAGUAUUUACCGUUACAGCAAUAAUGGGUUAUUGUUUAUACAGAAUAAUGACAAUAUCAAAUAGAAGAAAAUUAGAAGCUUUUGAAGAUUCUAAUGACUCCUCAAACAAUAUAGUAUAUACAGAUGAAUACGAUAAUUACAAGCUUAUUUUAGUAGUUAGAACUGACUUAAAAAUGGGAAAAGGAAAAGUUGCAGCACAAUGUGCUCAUGCUGCUGUUGCAGCAUAUAAAGCAGCUACGAAAAAUUCUAAAAUUUUAAAAGCUUGGGAAGAAUGUGGACAAGCCAAAAUUACUGUUAAAGUGGACAAUGAAGAUGCUUUAAAAGAAGUGGCAAAGCAUGCCAGAGCUAUAGGACUUUUAGCAAAUAUAAUACAAGAUGCUGGACAUACACAGAUAGCACCAGGAAGUAAAACAGUAUGUGCAGUUGGUCCAGGCCCAGCACCACUAAUAGAUCAAGUAACCGGGCAUUUAAAAUUGUUUUAAUUAUUUGUCAAAUAAAGGUACUUAAAUUUC